AUGGUUGUAGGAUCUGUUCUCGUCACCGGUGGUACCGGCUACAUUGGCUCUUUCACAGCCCUAGCCCUCCUCGAAGCAGACUACAAAGUCGUCAUCGUCGACAACCUCUACAACUCCUCCCCAGAAGUCGUGAACCGCAUCGAGCUCAUCUGCGGCAAGCGACCUGCCUUCUACCAAGUCGAUGUCACAGAUGAGGCCGCGCUCGACAAGGUGUUUGAGGAGAACCCCGACAUUGACAAUGUCAUUCACUUCGCUGCUCUAAAGGCUGUUGGAGAGUCUGGCGAGAUUCCCCUCAAAUACUACCGCGUCAACGUCGGCGGCUCCAUCGCGCUCCUCUCCUCCAUGGUCAAGCACAAUGUCACAAACAUUGUCUUCUCUUCUUCCGCGACCGUCUAUGGUGAUGCGACGCGCGUCCCCAAUAUGAUCCCCAUCCCUGAACACUGCCCCAUCGGUCCGACCAACGUAUACGGCCGCACAAAGUCCACCAUCGAGGGUGCCAUCACAGAUACCAUUGAGGCUGAGCGCAACAAUGCGAAGAAGGCUGGCAAGGACGACAAGGAGAUCAAGAAGUGGAACGCUGCGCUACUAAGGUACUUCAACCCCGCUGGUGCGCAUCCCAGUGGUAUCAUGGGCGAGAACCCUCUCGGUGUACCAUACAACCUCCUUCCCUUGUUGGCACAAGUUGCGAUCGGCAAGCGCGAAAAGCUCCUCGUCUUCGGUGACGACUACAAGAGCAAGGAUGGCACAGCAAUCCGCGACUACAUCCACGUCCUCGACCUGGCGCGAGGUCAUCUCCAGGCGCUCAACUACCUGCGCGAACAACAACCCGGUGUCAAGGCGUGGAACCUGGGUACUGGCAAGGGCUCAACCGUCUUCGAGAUGAUCAAGGCAUUCAGCAACGUUGUCGGACGCGACCUGCCAUAUGAGGUUGCGCCACGGAGACAGGGUGACGUGCUCGACCUGACGGCGAACCCAACACUCGCGAACAAGGAACUCGACUGGAAGACAGAGUUCACACUGGAGGAUGCUUGCGCCGAUCUGUGGAAGUGGACAGAGAACAACCCAGAGGGUUACGAACAGCAACCACCAAAGGAGUUCCUGGACGCGUUGAAGAACAAGAAGGCUUGA